CAGACCCCCUCCAGGCUGGGGCACCCCCUCGCGCCCCCUGCGGUCUCAUUUCCCGGCACCCGGCACCCGGUGGUGCCGCCUAGAGCCCUGCGGGCUUCCCCGUCAGGCCUCAGUGCCCCACCCGGGAAAGGCCACACCCCAUGGUCCUGCCGCCCACUGCCCCUGGUGACAGUCUCCAGUCUGCUCUGCGCAGCCCUCUGCGCUGCCUGCAUUGCUGCGGGUGGCUGUGCUCACGCUCUCGGCCUCACCCGCCCACAGGUCAGCUUCCCAGAUGUGGAGAAGGCCGAGUGGCUGAACAAGAUAGUGGCCCAGGUUUGGCCCUUCCUUGGCCAGUAUAUGGAGAAGCUUUUGGCGGAAACUGUGGCCCCGGCUGUUAGAGGAUCCAACCCCCAUCUGCAAACAUUUACAUUUACACGCGUGGACCUGGGUGAAAAGCCAUUGCGGAUCCUCGGAGUCAAGGUUCACAGUGGUCAGAGGAAAGAACAGAUCCUGCUGGACUUGAACAUCAGCUAUGUAGGUGACGUCCAGAUUGACGUGGAAGUGAAGAAAUAUUUCUGCAAAGCUGGACUCAAGGGCAUGCAGCUACACGGCACCUUGCGGGUGAUUCUUGAGCCACUCAUUGGGGAUCUCCCUAUCGUGGGGGCUGUGUCCAUGUUCUUUAUCAGGCGCCCGACCCUAGAUAUCAACUGGACAGGCAUGACCAACUUGCUGGAUAUCCCAGGCCUCAGCUCUCUCUCCGACACCAUGAUCAUGGACUCCAUCGCUGCCUUUCUUGUGUUGCCCAAUCGCUUACUGGUGCCGCUCGUGCCUGACCUUCAUGAUGUGGCCCAGUUGCGGUCUCCUCUUCCCAGGGGCAUUAUUCGGAUUCACCUGCUGGCUGCUCGAGGCCUGUGCUCCAAGGACAAAUACGUGAAGGGCCUGAUCGAGGGCAAGUCAGACCCCUAUGCGCUUGUGCGCGUGGGCACCCAGACUUUCUGCAGUCGUGUCAUUGACGAGGACCUCAACCCCCAGUGGGGAGAGACUUACGAGGUGAUGGUGCACGAGGUCCCAGGGCAGGAGAUUGAGGUGGAGGUGUUCGACAAGGACCCAGACCAAGAUGACUUCCUGGGCAGGAUGAAGCUGGACGUGGGGAAGGUGCUACAGGCUGGAGUACUAGACGAUUGGUUCCCGCUACAAGGAGGGCAAGGCCAGGUCCACUUAAGGUUAGAGUGGCUGUCACUUUCGCCAGAUGCCGGAAAACUGGAGCAGGUUCUCCAGUGGAAUCGAGGCGUCUCCUCCCGACCAGAGCCCCCGUCGGCUGCCAUCUUGGUUGUCUACCUGGACCGGGCCCAGGACCUCCCUCUGAAGAAGGGAAACAAGGAACCGAGCCCCAUGGUGCAGCUGUCGACCCAGGAUGUGACCCGGGAGAGCAAGGCGGUCUACAACACCAACUGCCCGGUGUGGGAGGAGGCCUUCCGGUUCUUCCUGCAAGACCCUCGAAGCCAGGAGCUUGACGUGCAGGUGAAGGAUGACUCCAGGGCCCUGACUUUAGGGGCUCUGACCCUGCCUCUGGCUCGCCUGCUGACCGCCCCUGAACUCACCCUGGACCAGUGGUUCCAGCUCAGCAGCUCUGGCCUGAACUCCAGGCUCUAUAUGAAGCUGGUCAUGAGGGUCUUGUACUUGGAUUCCUCAGCAGUGAGCUUCCCCACUGACCGCAGCACUCUCGGUGCUGGGGAUGUGGACAGUGAGAGCUCGCAGAAGGGCAGCAGUGUGGACACCCCACCUCGACCCAGCCACACUACUCCUGACGGCUACUUUGGAACAGAGAACGUGCUUCGGAUCCACGUGUUAGAGGCGCAGGACCUGAUUGCCAAAGACCGUUUCUUGGGGGGACUGGUGAAGGGCAAGUCAGACCCCUAUGUCAAACUGAAGCUGGCAGGUCGAAGCUUCCGGAGCCGUGUUGUUCGGGAAGAUCUCAAUCCCCGCUGGAAUGAGGUUUUUGAGGUGAUCGUCACAUCAAUUCCAGGCCAAGAGCUGGAUGUUGAGGUUUUUGACAAGGACCUGGACAAGGACGACUUUCUGGGCAGGUGUAAAGUGGGCCUGACCGCAGUGCUCAACAGUGGCUUCCUUGAUGAGUGGCUGACCCUGGAGGACGUCCCAUCUGGCCGCCUGCACCUGCGCCUGGAACGCCUAACCCCUCGCCCCACUGCUGCUGAGUUAGAGGAGGUGCUGCAGGUGAACAGUUUGCUCCAGACUCAGAAGAGCGCGGAGCUGGCUGCGGCGCUGCUGUCCGUCUACCUGGAGCGGGCUGAGGACCUGCCGCUCCGAAAAGGCACCAAGCCUCCGAGCGCCUACGCCACCCUCGGUGUGGGAGAUGCCUCUCAUAAAACGAAGACUGUCGCCCAGACCACGGCCCCUGUCUGGGACGAAAGCGCCUCCUUUCUCAUCAGGAAACCCAGCACCGAGAGCCUAGAGCUGCAGGUUCGGGGCGAGGGCUCCGGCGCGCUGGGCUCCUUGUCCCUGCCCCUCUCCGAGCUCCUCGUGGCCGACCGGCUCUGCCUGGACCGCUGGUUUCCGCUCCACCACGGCCAAGGGCAGGUGCUCCUGAGGCUGCAGCUGGGGAUCCUGGUGUCCCAGCACUCGGGGGUGGAAGCUCACAGCCACACGUCCAGCCACAGCGCCUCGACGCCGAGCGAAGACGCUGAGCUCUGGCCCGGGCUCCCUCACGUCGCGUCCUCAGCCCCAGAGCUCCGGCAGCGCCUCACACAUGGCGACAGCCCACUGGAGGCUCCGGCCGGGCCUCUGGGCCAGGUGAAGCUCACUGUUUGGUAUUACAGUGAGGAACGGAAGCUGGUCAGCAUCGUUCACAGCUGCCGGGUCCUUCGGCAAAGUGGCCGGGAUCCCCCCGACCCCUACGUGUCACUGUUGCUCCUGCCAGACAAGAGCCGGGGCACCAAGAGGAAGACCUCCCAGAAGAAAAGGACCUUAAAUCCUGAAUUUAACGAACGGUUUGAGUGGGAACUGGCCCUGGACGAGGCCCUCAGGCGAAAGCUGGACGUCUCUGUGAAGUCUAACUCCUCCUUCAUGUCGAGAGAACGUGAGCUGCUGGGGAAGGUGCAGCUGGACCUCGCUGAGAUGGACCUUUCCCAGGGCGCCGCCCAGUGGUAUGACCUCACUGAUGACAAGGAGAAGGGCAGCUCCUAGGAGCCAGGUUACCGGCCUGACUGCUGUCACCUCGCCUCACCCCUCGCUGCGCCACCACCUCAAUGUGAUGAGCCUAAAGCUGGGGCCCUGGGGCAGCCUGCGCCCCUCAGCUCUCUCACCUCCCAGGCCCAUACUAGGGUCUUUGACUGACCAAAGAGGAAAAACAUGUUACUCUUCACUGCACGGCCUUUAUCCUCCCGAGCAGGGGCCUGAGCUGGCCACUCCGCGCUCCGCCUGCACAUGUCCCUCCCUCCCGACUCCUCAGGGCCUCCUAGGCUGUGCCUGGCCACUGGCAGCACUAGCAGUGGCCUCAGCUUAUACCAAAUACAGCUUCUGGGAACAUUUUUUUCUUUAAUUUGA